AUGGGAUCCUUGGCCAAGAAGUGCCGAAACUUGCCCUGGCCGGAUGCCGUGGCUCUCCUGCAGAAAGCUCUCCAUGCGAAGGCGGCUCCAAACAUUGCGGCUCACACCUCAGUCAUCGCUGCCUGUGGAAAGGGAUCAAACUGGUCACUGGCCGUUGGUCUCUUGCAAGAUGCCCGCAGUCGGCAGUUGCGCCCCGACGUGCCUGCGCUGAACUCUGCGCUGACAGCCUUGGGCCGUGCAGGUCGCUGGCGCGAGGCCACGGUGUACCUGGACUUGGCAAAAUCGUGGUGCCUCCAUCCGUCCCCAGUUUCGUUCGGCGCUUUGCUUGAUGCUCUCGCACGGGCCACCCGUUGGCAACGGGCACUCUGCGUACUUGACGACGACGAUACGGCAGUUGGCCUCAUCGCCUUCAACUCCGCCCUCACUGCAUGUGAGAGAGCCUCCGAGUGGGGGCAAGCGAUACAGCUGCUGCAAGAGAUGCGACGGUUUGGUCCUCAUCCGGACAUCAUCAGCGUGAACGCUGUGCUCGCCGCUUGUGUCUCAAAGUGGCCUGAAGCUCUGCACAUCUACGCGACCUUGCCUUCGAUGGAGCUUCGACCGAGCAUUGUGACUCUGAACUCCAUCAUGAAUGCCUGUGCGAGCGGCCUGCAAUGGCAAUUCGCCUUCGAGCUUUGGCGAGGAGUGCUGCCGCCCUUGCAGCCGACCGAAGCCACUUUCGGCGCCCUUCUCGCCUCUUGUGCUCUCGGACCAGGCUGGCAAGUUUCUGUGGCACUGCUGCAGCAAAGCUUUCUACAGCAAGCCCGAGCCAAUGUGGCCAACUGGACCAGUACGCUCACAACACUGCAUCGUGAAGGCCAAUGGGAGAGGGCAUCAUCCCUCUUCUGGGAAAUGUAUCGCGCUGCCGUUGUUCCCAACAUGCUGACGAUCGAUGCCGUCAUGGUAGCGUGGCAGCGCAGCAGCCAGUGGCGGAAGGCCCUCGGGACGAUGGCAGCGCUGCAGAAAAAGGCACUGCCCAUCGGUUGUGGGGCCAUGGCGGCGUUGCGCAGCGCCUGCGAAGAGAGACAUCAAGCAUCGCCGGCAGAGGUCAUCUCGGCAGUGCUGGCGUCCACAGCAGCCCGUCUGCUCAGUCAGGGCCCAGUUCUGGAGCGGGGAGAGCAUCUUCAACGCCCACUCUGUUCCAUUCGAACUUAUCUUCAAGAUCAUUCGUUGCCCUGGCUUCAUUGUCGCCGCAUUGUAUCACCGCUGGCAAGAGGCAUUGCUGCCUCUUCUGAUGUGGACAAAUUGGAGGCUCCUUACGCGAGGCUGCUGCUGUGCGAAACUGGCCAAGCUGGCGACCUUAAAAUUUUUAUUGCAACUCUACCGAAACGAGACCCCCAUAUUGCAUUACCCCAUUCGGCUGAUCCACAACACUGGCUUUCGACUCACAGAAUGGGCAAAUCAUCUUGA